AUGUUAAACCUUCAAUACCAUCAACCCAGAUCUGUAUUCAAUCCUUCAUCACAAAUACCACUCAUCACAAACGAUGAUAUAUCAUUGGUUAAUUCACGUAGAUUAUCUAGUAAAGAGAUUAGUACAAGUCUAGUUAAUUUGGUGGGUACUGCAUUUGAUUCAGUUCCUAUCAAUAAUACCAUACCAAUACCAACUCAUGAAACUAGAGAUCAACAACGAUAUAUAAAGACAAUUGUUCGAACUCGACAACGAACAUCAAUUGAAUCAUUAUUAUAUAUACCAUCAUCAUUUUCUUCUAUCGAUAUUUUACGUCGAAUAUGUGAACAAUGUGCCAUAACUAAUAUUGAAUAUUUUGAUUCGGUGCUUUGUGAUAAAAAGUUGCCGCCUUCGGCAGCAUGCGCUUCUAAAACAGAUACUGAAAUGAUAUUUUUCAUAACACCAUUUUAUCAUCAGAGAAUGCUGACUUUAGCGAGCGAAAAGAAAAAUUUCGCUGCGCAGCACUUCAACAGUUAUACACAGAAAAGGUAACGGAAAACGAUUUUAACACUUGAGCUGGAAAAAUUUAUCCCCCCCCCCCCCUUCGCUUGGUUAGGCAAUUUUUCGUUGUGCACACACCUGUGAAAGCUGUU